AUGAAACGAUCCCGAAAUCCCAUCUCCGCUACUUCUUCUUCGUCUACUACUUCAUCAACAACAGCCAAACCAUCAUCAACACAGAAAACAAACCGAGAGAAAUUUACUCAACAAUUAAAGGAAGUAAAAAAGCGGAGAGGAACCUCAUCAAGUUUUAGUUCCAAACAAACAGCAAUUACCAAGCCCGGAGAUGUUGAUAAAAAGAAGAGAAGUGAAUUGGUGAAACAUUUUCAAGCAAAUUAUAAUAAGAGAUAUGGAGUGAUUCAAUAUCGAUAUUUGAAUAUUAAAAUUGAUGAAGAAUUAAUUGGAAAAUCGAUGGAAGAAAUUGCAAAAGAAGGUUCCGAGGAGAGAAGACAAACUGUGGAAGGUUUAUAUUCCCUUUGGAAGCGACAGUAUUUUGUUAGAGAAAUUAUUGAAGACUUGACAAACUCAACGCAUAAUUUUGGAGCAGGAUUUGAUGUAUUCAAUUUUCCAAAUUUAACAAUUGAACUCAUUCACUACAUACUUUGCGAAGUUGAAAAGAAGAAAGAUAUUCUCAAAAAUAACAAGACGGACCAAAAUUCCACCAUGUUUGCAAACGUGAAUGAUAUUGUCAAGAAUUUUGAAUUGCCAGAUAUUUAUAAUAGUAGAGGUGCAGAGGAUCUCACAUCAGCGAAACGAUUUCAUUUAAGCUUUGUUUCUGGAAGAACUGGAAAAGACAUUGCACUUCUCAAAAUGAAAGCUGAUACACCUUCAGAUGAUCUCAGUGAAGAUUUGAAACGUUUGGUGACCCAUUCGUCCUUUGCAAUUUCUAGGGCUGUCUCCGUAUAUGAAUUAUUUCAACAUCCUCGACUUUUUCAACAUUUCUAUGAUGACUAUGGCAAUUAUACGUGCGUAUUUUCAAUCCAUGGCACAUCCUCUAGACACAAGUCACAUCCAUCCACAUCAUUUGUGAAACACAAGGCCCAACUAUAUAGUGCUGUGAAAGCUCUAGCUCUCUCCAAUCAAGUCAUUGCCAAAAGCUCACAAAAAAACGACAAGACAUCCAAUUCUUCUCAAGCAACUACGGCAUCCAAUAUUGUUCCUUCUCCUGCAACUGCUAUGGCCAUUCAACCACAGCCCUUCCUCAAAAUCAAAAAUCGACUUUCCAGCAAAAACAAAAACCAACCAAGAAAAAAUUCAAAUCCCACUCUGCACGCAACCUUUUCCAACGCGAAUAAGAAGCAUCAACAGCACAACCUUCAUUCAACAGCACAAUUUAAAUCAUCGGAAAAGGUUCUACAAGAUAAAAAGAAGAAGAGAAAGAUGUCCGAAAAUACCGCCUCAAAUAUGAUGCAAGAUGAUGAAGAAACAACCAUGACAUCAUGCAUAGAUUCGGAACAAUCGACCAUGAUGCUUACAUUGGAUAAAACCAAAGAACACAAAAAGCAAUCUUCUAAAGUCAACAAGCAGCAACGAAAAUUCAACGAUUAUUUACCACUUCAUGAAAUGUGGAAGGAAUACAUGCUCAGCAUGCUCGGAACUUCCUCCCUCUUCAAUAAUGAAUUAUUACUGAAAGCAGAUUAUCAUGGAUGUAUAUUCCGAGUGGUGAAGAGUCGUUGUGGCUCCUACAUUGGAAAGGAAGGAAUGGUCAUCAAGGAAACUGAGAAUACCUUCCAAUUAUUGACUCGGGAUGACAAGUUCUAUAUCAUACCAAAGAAUGGCUCUGUGUUUCAAUUCAAUUUUGAAAAACAAGUGAGACCUCCUUCUGGUAUUCGAGGAAAGGAAUCCACAGCACCACCAGAAAACAAGAAUUAUCAAAUUGAAAUUAUUGGAACUCAAUUUUGUUUUAGAAGUUAUGAUCGAGCUUCGAAAAAGUUCAAGAGAAGGGAUGUCAUUGAUUUGUAA